AUGACUGUUGAUAUUCAUUCCAGUACAGCUGCUGUUCCUGAAGCUGCAAAUGAAAAUUCUUUAAAUGAACAUUGUCAAGUGAAAUCGAAAGUUGGUCAUGUUGCCAAAUUUCAAUGUGAAAAUGAAGAUCAAAUCUCCAAUGAUGAUGAACUUUAUCCCAAAUCAUCAUCAGGUAUUUUUCAAAUCUCUUUUCAACAAUUCAAACAAAUUCCCGAAUUUAUUCCUUUGACGAAAGCAGAAUUGAAAUCUUUCAUAAAUAAUCCUUAUUGGAGAAAGAUUCGUCUUCUUAUUGGAAUCUUUUAUGUUUUCUUUAUUAUUCUCUUAUUACUUGGAUCGAUUAUGUUGAUUAUUUUUUCAACGAAAUGUUCAUCGAAAAGUCCUUUGAAAUGGUACGAAAAAGAUUUGAUUUAUGAAGUUGAUUUACAAAUGUUUUCUGAUUCGGAUGCUGAUGGACAAGGCGAUUUAAAUGGUUUUCUCAGCAAAUUCGACUAUUUACAAAAAUAUUCAUUGAAAACUUUUCUUUUUCGACCAACGAUUUUUCAACAGAAAAAUCAUUUGGAUUUUCUAAAACUCAAUUCAAAUAUUCUCAAUCAAACAUUUUUCGAUUCUUUUAUCAAAUUGAUCCAUCGAAAAGAUAUGAAUGUAAUUCUUGAUUUACCAUUAUCAUCAACAAAUGACCUCAAUGGAACAUUUUGGUACGGGUUUAAUCAAUCACUUCCAAUGCAAAUCAAUAAUCCGUGUAAUCAAGGAGAGGAAAGUCUCGGUUGUCGAUAUUGGAAAUCAUCUGAAAGAUUACCUUUGGAUUUUAAUGAAAAACAAGUAAAAGAACAAGCAGAAAAUCGAAUUCGUUAUUGGUUAUUAAGUAAAAAUGUUGAUGGAAUUCGAAUUGAUUUACCUUUACAAUUUAAUCAACAAACAAAUCUUUAUGAAAUUUCUUCGGAAACAAUUUCACAAUGGAAUUUAAUUAAAUAUCAAAUUGAAAAACAAACAAAAACAAAAUUAAUUCUUUUUGAUAUUCCAUUUGAUUUACUUGAUUUUAUCAAACAGAAUGAUUUUCAUAAUGAAAUUAUUUAUCCAAUUUUGGACAAAAGUUCUUCGAUCAUCAAAGCAAAACAAAUCGACGAACAAAUUGAUUCAUUUCAUUCCAAUCAUCGAUCUUUACCCAAAUUUUGGAAGUUUGGAUCAUUGAGAUUAAAAGAACAAAUUCAAACGAAUUUAUCAAAAGAAAUUCAAUUAACAAUGACAAUGUUAUUUCCCGGAACACCAAUUAUUCUCUAUGGUGAAGAAUUAUCUCUUGAUUAUAAUCGAAAUCGCUUAAUGUUAUGGACAUCAGAUUUACCAUCAGGUGGAUUUUCUUCGUGUUUAACAGAUGAUUGUCAACGAUUAUUUCAUUUAUAUGAAAUCAAUCCGUUGAAAACAAAUGUCAAACGUCAAGAAGCGACCGAUGGAAAUGUUGAAGAAUCAUUUUUGAAAUAUUUUUCAUAUUUAACAAAAUUACGUCAAGAAAAUUCGUUUCGUUAUGGUUUAUUUGAAAAAGGUUUUUCUGAAAAAUUCAAUUUAUUUUGGUUUAUUCGAGAAUUAUCAGGUCAACGAGGUUAUUUAAUACUUUUUAAUUUAAACAAAAAAGAAGAAAAAUUAAUUCAUUUAUCAUUAUAUGAAUUGACAAAUCAAUUAAUACCUCUUUCAAUUUCAUAUGAAUAUCAAUGGCCUAAAAAUUCUUUUUCUUUAUAUCAAAAUCAAACUCAUAUUAAUUCAGAUAAUUUAUUUAUUUCAUCAAAACAAUCAAUUUUUAUUUUUUCAUGGAAAGUUAAACUUAUUAAACCAGAAACACUUUUUCAAAAAGCAAAACUUUAUUUAGUUGAUUAG